ACUUUAGAAAGUAAGUGUACACAUUUCUGUAGAAGUUAAAGUGAAAGUAAAAAAACAGUGACUGAAAGUGACGAAAGUUGAAAGAAAAUGUGGACAAAAGGGACUAAUCGUGCGUUAAUCAGAUCGGAAAUGAAUGAAAUCGAGGGGAUAUAGGUAUAGAAAUGAAGUAAACGUUGAAAAUAGGUGAAAAAGUCAAGGGAAAAUAACGAAGAGUGAAUAAAAGUGGAGAAUUGAAAAGUUGAGGUGUACGGAUUUGAACGCAAUGAUUACCCUCUCGCAGGCGAUCUUAACAGUUCAUGGUGUCAUGGUUGUGCCACUAGCAUACCAAAGCAACAACACUUUUAUGACUGUGGAGUAUUUCUGUGUUCCUUUGCCAAAUGCCUCGCUCAAUUUUCUGACUGUUGGACUUUUGAUCAAUCUGAUAUGCCACACAUACGCCAAACUGUUGUUUCAAGAAUUAUUGACUAAUUCCAUCAGUCAAUCAGAAAAGGGCCUGCCAAUGCAAAGUCUGUGGCCUCCAUCACUUAAACCAAUAUGUUACCACUUCAGAACACUUUGCCUAAUGUUCAGCAAGCAGUUCUUAUUCAGAGUGGAAAGGUGCAUCAAAAAUGCCAUUGCUUCCCUCUAGACCGGAGGAAUGCUCCGUGCACUGCGAUUUCUAUGUGUGCAGUAGUAGCAUUUUAAAUUGUCAAGCGACCGUUUUUAUCACUUGAAAUGAAUUCUAUUGUAAUGAUGGGUGAUGAACUCUACGUACAGUGCAGAACCCAAGAAACAGUUGUAAAUGAUGUCUGGUUGUCUUGCUAACAUGGGAAUAAUAACAGUAUUUCGUAAAAGGCUGAAAGUGAAUAUACACUGUUAAUAAUUUCGUGGGAUUUACCGAAGAUUCACUUUCCACCACUAUUAGAAAUUCCCAGAGGACUCCGUCCUUAACAAUUGUUAAAGGUGGAAGUUUUCAUUCGUCCAUAUGUUUCAAAGCUAAACUCGAAACGUGAAAUCCCAAAGGACUUUGGCAAUACUUUUCACGAGUGUUCCUCCGUGAAAUCCUAGGAGUUUUUCUAACAGUGAGAGUAUGUAGCUGGAGGGUUGUCUAAAGAAAAGAGUUACCAACUCUCUGAUGCUGUUCAACAAGAAAAAAGCAAACAUGUAAACGGAUACUUCUUUGUUGGAAGGUCCAAAACGUUAAGUUUUCAGCCCGCAUCAAAUGUUUACUUUCUGUUAUUCAAUGCCCCUUGUGUAAACAAGGACAAUUCUGUUCAGGAGAGUGUACAAACGUUCUCAGGAACAGAAGAAAAAGUUAGAAGAGCCCGGCAGUGAUCCGAAUCAGCGCAGACUAUCUUUUUCAUCACCACCCCCACCUCCUGCCCCAUAGAUAGAAGCGAUGAACUCCACGACGAGGAGCGAGAGCAAGAGACCGGGUCAUCUGUCUCUUUCCCUCCCUUGUCAUCAAGCACGUCUGCACAAGAGACUUCGAUCAUUUUGAACUCCGAUCAAGGAGACCGAGACGAGAAGCACUCAUAUUUGGGUGAUUCUCAGAAUACGAGCCAUUUGGGAGUUCCUAAAUUUUUUAUUUUUUUCUGUCGAAUUUGCUAGGUUUUUUGGUUGCAAUGAUUUUAUUUACCUUCAAAUAGGAUAUGUGUAAAGUGGCGAUAGUUCAAAUCACGUACUUCUAGUACAACGUUAAAAACCAUAUUGUCACGUUCAAUCAAUGAUGAAACUCAAAUAUAGCCUCCCGCACCUUUUAAUUGGUCUUUUGUUUGCUCCACUAGUGUGUUAUACUCAUAUUUUACAUCCAGACAUCACUAUUUCAUGCAUUUUAGUAUGACUAGAACAUUGCAAUAAAUGACUUGUUUUUCGCCCCGACACUGCUGCACAGAUGCCCAACCUCAUAAUGUACAGUUCUAAAUUAACCCCUUACUACAUAUUUCCUCAUUAGGUCAUUACAACGCGUUACAUGUACCUAAAAGUUAUUAGGUCAGACCUAGAAAAGGGGAUACGGAGUUCACAAGUCAGAAGGUACUAAUUGAAGCAAACUAAUCCGGGGUUGCAGAUGCAACGACCCGCUUAGCCACAAUAGAAGCAGCACAUCAAAACCUUCCUUUUUAGCGAAAGAGGGAUUUGAUAUGACGCAAUCGUGCCUAUGUGGAGGCGACACGGCAUUCACACUGCAAAAGCGUACAAGCCAACUCUCGAAUUUGAAGACAGUUUUUCACGAUGACGUCGAAGGAGCUCUGCCGAUUGCUUUGGGGAACAUCAAUAGUCUCCACAGAGUAAUACUGUGGGCGUAGAAUUGUUACUCUACCUCUGCCCGGUUUGACGUCAGUGCAAACAUUGUGAACUCAGUUGUUUUUUGAAAAAUUUAGUGAGAACGACUUUGGUCGUCUCGUGACGAAAUAUAGAAAAAUAUUUCCAAAUCGAAAUUCAUUCCUUGCGUUCCCUGGAUAUGUCACUCCAGAAAUGCAAUGCGCCUUAGAUGACCAUUCCCUUCAAAUUGUCCGGAAUUUGGCAAAGUCCUCAUGAACUCGGACAUUAGGAACGUACUGGAGUUCAUAUUUUGACCAUUUAAACUGCUCUACUUACCUACUGUUGCAGUAUUCUUAGGUUUUUAGUGUUACACCAGGUAAUGUUAGUGCUUUCGAGUAUCUAGAUGGUA